AUGGAUGGACCACCUGAGAGUUCAGCUGAAUACGGUUCAAGGACCUCGUCAACGUCUCUCACGAAACUUGAGAACAUCUUGGAUGACAAUGGCGAGGGAACGAAACGAGUGGAAGAGAUGUUGGGGCCCGCACAAGAGGAGGACGAUGAGGAUGCGGAACAGAAAGGGGAAGAAAAGGAGAAAGGGAAGAGGAGAAGCAAGAAAAUAAAGAGAAAGGUAGACGGAGGAUGA